UCCCUGUUGGUACAGUAUGUGUCAUGGUCGCGUGCAGAAACAACGUUUGACCUAUGCUUUGAAGAAAAGUGGGAUUUUUUUAAAUUCAAACGCGUCAAAAAGUCACCGUAGAGCAUAAAAUGAAUGAAGCGUUCCUCAACAGAUCGAUCCAACCUCCUACACAUCUUCCCAGGUAUUUGUUUACUGACCAGGACACACCAGAAGGACUCAUUCCAAAAAUGAUAGUCCCAGUCAUGGGCAAAGAUCCUCGGUGGUUACUCGUCGAAGUUUGCAGGGAAUUUCAGCGUGGAAAGUGUUCAAGAACAGAGGACGAAUGUAGAUUCGCCCAUCCACCCGCUCAUGUGCUUAUACAGAAUGGAAAAGUCACGGCGUGUUUCGACUCUCUGAAGGCUCGUUGCCACAGGGAAAAGUGUAAGUAUUUACAUCCCCCAAAGCAUAUAAAAGCUCAAAUGGAGAACAAUGGCCGCCUUCUACAACAGCAGCAGCAGCAACAACAGCAGAUAGCUAUUCAGCAGCAAGCCUUUGCACCACUUGCUCAACAGAUGCUGACAAAUCCCUCAUUUAUAUCUGCAUGGCCAUUAAGUGUUCCUGCUUCAAAUGGAACAUAUCUUCAACAUCCUGUUGCUUUUCUGCCUGAUGCAUCAGCCUUGGCUCAGAGUCCUUCCAGACGACUAGACAAGUCUGACAAAUUGGAGGUGUGUCGAGAAUAUCAGAGAGGGUCAUGUUCAAGAGAAGAAUGCAGAUAUGCACAUCCUCCUCCGCAUGUGUCUAUUGAUAGUACAGAUGGUAUGAUUACAGUUUGUAUGGACUUCAUGAAGGGAAGAUGUCAAAGGGAAAUGUGCCGAUACUUUCACCCACCAGCACAUCUUCAGGGAAGAGUCAGAGCUGCACAGCAGCAGUCAAUACCGCUGGAGGGUAGCCGCAAGAGGCCCCAUGAUACAUUGACUGAACUGACUUUUGGAGAACCAUUCAAGAAACAAACUGCUCUUGAAGUGCCUCUGGUCAUGCCAGGAGCGGCGGCUGCUAUUCCAUCCUUUAAUCAACCUGUAGGACUGCAAUUUGCAUCUCUUAUACCAACAAUGCCGUUACUUACACAAGGAAUUCCCUUGGUUCAACCACAAGUACCUCAGCACUCCAAUGGGUUGCCAGUUUGUCGGGACUAUAACUCUGGCCAGUGUCACAGAGAAGCCUGCCGCUAUGCCCACGUUAAAGACAAAAAUGUAGAAGUUGUGGAUGGCAAGGUGACUGUGUGCCGUGAUGCAGUGAAAGGAAAAUGUUCAAGACCCAACUGCAAAUAUUACCACCCAGAGGUUGGUUCCUCAGGCACUGCCUCAUCAACAAAGUCAUUGAGAUAGGGCCAGCUUGAUAAGUACCUCCAGUCCAAGGAUGUUAGGAUGGAGGUGAAAGUUGGAUGAGAGCUAUUUUAUUUUUGGUAACAGAAGAAUGUCUCUAUGGUUAUUACCAAAAAUUCUGAAAUUCAGGGAGGGGGGUCUCCCCAUAAGUAAACUUUUGAUUCACUUUUACGCGCCAUUGCUAAGCAUGCAUUGCACAAAAUUUCAUGUCUUAGAUUCCAGGUUUGCAUAGAAUGCUGUGCCUGUAAAAAUGCAAGAGUAACGACUUAAGUGCUUAACAAAACAUGAUAAUGCUGAAAGCAUACACUAUAAGGCCAAAAAUAGUAGAGGGAGGGGAAAAAUUGCAUAAUGUAAUGGUUGCUAGAGCUAGCAGUGUUUGGCACUUUGGGUGUUAGAGAUGUUUGUCUCUUGCAAAGCAGUCAGAGUGACCUUGCAGUGUGAGCAUGCAGCCUUCAAGCUACUGCAAAGAGCAAUCAUGGUAAAAUGAGACUGAAUGGUUUCAUGCCUUAUGAAAGAAGGAAAAAAACUUCUGUUUUCUGGGAAACCUGAGUAGUAGGGGUUACCUGUGCAGGUGGGUGAACAGCACGGUUAGGUUACUGUGGUGGAGCUGGGAACCUUAGCAGGUUACCUUAGCAGCCAGAGCCACCUGUGCCACUGGGAUCCCAAUAAUGGAAAGAUAUCAAUGUAAUAGUCCAUUUUACAGUUGUGUACUUGGUUGCCAAGCCUUGCAACAGGAGUGUGGCUGAGGGUGACCUUGUUAUGAUACAAACGUUACUGCUUUUCAAAUCUAAAUUACCUUGUUAUCAGGCAAACUAGACACUGGUCUCUAUCACAGCAAGGUAAACUUCAGCCUCACUCCAAAUCAAAGGCUUGGUAACUAAGAACACAACUGUAAAACGACCUACUGUGAAUUACUUGACUGUGCAGUUUGUUGUUAACUAAUGGGCAAAUAGGCCAAAUAAUGGCUACGUUUAUGAUCAGCAACUUGUCACUUUGAAUAUGACAUUGAAACUUGAAGAGAAUUAGUUUUGCUUUAAAGCUUACAACAAAACUGGCAAUAUGGUUGAGGAUGACAGGUUGUUAGUAACUUUGUUCCUUGCCCAAAUGCUCAUGAUAAUGCACUAUAAGCUAGUAAAUGCAAUCACCUCUGUGAUUAUAUGUGUUUUUGCUUGCAUGCAGAUAUUUCCUAUUUCCUUCUCUGAUUGAAUUUGUAAAGGAAAUAGGAAAUAUUUGGGUGUUGGCCAUUAAUGUGUGCUUGGUAUUCAUUUUUGCAUUUACUCUUCAAGAAAGACCUUCAGAACUCAAGAAAACUGGCAAUUCCCACAAUUUCACACUGUAUCAUAAAAAGCUCAUUCUGUGAGUAUGAAGAUCUAGCAAAGUCAUAAAAUUCACAAGCCCAACUUUUGUAAUCAUUUUCAUGAUCAGAAGGCAUAGAAAUUUAUCAUUCUUACAUUUACCAACACUGAUAUUUUUCUGACCUUGAUUUUUUAUUCCAUCAGUGCAAACUUAACGAUGACAGUUAGCAUUUUUAUUCAUGCUAUUUGCAUGCAAUGCAAAUUGCACAAAUUAGAUCGAAUCGCACUUUCGUGUAUUUUUUUUUGAAAUGAUAAAAUUUUCAUUGUAGAAUUAUCAUUGUUUUAUGAUCAUACACAAUUGUAUUUAAGUGCCAUAAUGGACAAAAAACGCUCCAAUGAAAGAAUAUAGAAUGAAAGAAACUAUCAGACAAGUUUAAAGAGUACUUUUUUACUAUGGAAAGAGGAACAGAAACUGGUUUUCUGAUUUUUUUAAAAAACAAAUGUUAUCUUCUGAAUGGAAAGGUCUAUAAAUACAAACAAAAGAGAGUUUUCCAGGAAGCUGCUUUAGAACUGAAAAGUUGGUAUCAAUAUAUCAUGAUUCCACUCACGGCUAUUUGAUAAAAAGUUGUCCUUGAAAGAACUUGACAUUAUUACAGAACUGAUUGCACUGGACAAGGUUAGAUUAAAAUUACAUUAUAGAGAGUUCUUUUGUAAAAUAAUCUAAGUAGUUUUAAGUUAUCUUUCACCAAGUGAAAUUGGAAAGUUUAUUCACAUGUGUGUCAACCCUGAAAAUUCUCUAAAUUCAACUUGGAGAAUAAUUCCUUUUGGCACAAUUUAAGCCAAACAAGGUAUACUUUUCGCUCCGUUUUGAGCCUUGGAUUCAUCUUUACCAAACUAGAACCAGGAAGCAAUGUUUUCUGUGAAUGUGAUCAACUCUUUUCAACACCAGGAUGUACAAUCAUUACAUUAUUUUCAGUAAGACUCCUUGUUCAUUGUUCAUAUUCCUGGUAAAGUUUGUACCAUAGAAGUGACUUCAGCCCAGCUGUUUUUUUUUUUCUGUUGUUUAUUUCUGUCUUCUGCAUAAUGAUUACUUGUAAGCAUGCAUGAAAGCCACUAAGUGAGAAAUAAGCAUCUUCAGCUUAAUCCAUCAACCCCAAAAGUCUGGCAAAUAUUUCAUCCUUCUUGCUGCCACACAUUUUGUUGUAAAUUUUUAUGACAACUUGGUUCUAUAUAUUAGUAAACAGUAGCACCCUUGAGCUGAUAAGUUUGUCAAUUCUCACAACCUGCCAGCUGGAUAUUGUCCAAAGAUGGUGUUUGGAGAAGUUUCAUGUUAAAUGCUUCUUCAGUUGUAUGAAUGUUACUCAGUGACACAAAUCUGAUCAACAAAUUGCUUCUCCUGGCAGAAUCAAACAGAGAGAUAAUGGAAAUUUAGACUUAAAUCAACCAAAGGAUAUUUGCUUGACAUCAGAACUUAAUAACAAAGUUCAGAAAUGUAUGAUAUUUAAGAGGGAAAAUUUGACCAGCAUUCAGAUCAAUUAUAGUGAAAAGGUUCAUGUUUGAACUCCCAGGAGUGAUCUACAUGUAUCUUCUCCCCAUGAUGUCCAUAUCUCAUCUCAGUGAUGAGAAUACUAACAUAUUCAAACUUCUCGGGUAGAAGUUGUUAUUUUGAUCUAAAACCAAAUUCUUUCAACUAUUUACAAGGAAAUGUGUAGCAGCAAGAGGGGAGAAUUCAGAUCUUGGGAGUUGAAGGGUUCAGUGGCAGAUCCUUUUGAAUUUGAAAGGGUGAUAUAAUUGCAAAUAUUAUCCUAAAGGCUAGGAAAACAUUUAAGAAGAGGGGAAGGUGAAGAGAAUUUAUUUUUGUAUUCAUGUGCUAAUAUAGAGUAUAGCAGCAAAGCUUCUAAGCAUGCAGUGUCCGAUAUUGCUGGCAAUAGUUUAAUGCUUUAAUUAAUCCUUUUUAAUGUUAAAUAUUAUUAAACUAUUACUGUAUCAUCAUAAUCAUUAUUGUAAAGUGUAUUCAUGAUAUAAAGAGUCCCAAAGGUGUAAAGUACAGUGCAUGCCAAAAAUUUAAGAAGAUUAAAGUAACAUAUUAAUAUUUUAUGAUAUUUAUUUAAAGUUCAAAUUUUGUUCCACAAUUUGAUAAUUUUAUUGGUGUAGAGUUGGUAAGGAAAUAUGAUUUGGGCACUAUGAAUAUAUCGAGUAAGGUUAACGUGGUCCCACUUUAAAGGUUAAAAGAAAAAAAAUUUAAGAUUAGAAGAUGUUAAAAUAUUUUAGAGAGUUUUAGAAAAGAUGAUUUCCUUAUUAUAAUCUCAUGGUUGAGGAGCAACUGGCUUGCAGGGAAUAUGGCACACCUCAAACUCUCUUCUUUUUCAGGGGCUGGCUAUCUCAUUUUCCAAUUGUUGUAAUCUCUGUAGAUUCCCUCUGCUAUCAGAAACCUCAAUUUCCAUUUGUUAUUUGUCAGCCUUCAUAGAAUCUCCUGUCCCUUAUGUGCAAUCAAUGUUAAUAUAAAAAGUGCAAGGAUAUUGCCUUUUUUUCUUUGAAAAGUUGUCCCACCAAUUUGUCUUCUUUGCAAGUGUUGUUUAAAUCAACCUGGGAAGAUCAGUAAUGGUAUAUUAAAAGAUUAAGCAUUAUUGGGUCUUACUUGAUAAUUAUCAGAUCAAGAGCAGGUUGUUUGGCUGUGCAAUAACAGUCUAUUUACAAGGGGUGCAAAUGGUAACUUCUGAGGCUUGUGAGAUGAUGUGACCCCUGUUUUAAACAUGUGAAACACAGACAAGACAAUUUUGGCUGAAAAACUUCUUACUUUUAUUGAGUAAAAAGUUCAAGAGACCUACAUUUUUUUUAAGGUACCAUUUGCUACCCCUUGUGAAUUUGCUGGUUUAUACCUAAGAGAACCUGCUUAUGAGCAAAGGAUUGGGGUGCUCUUUAAUCUCAGCCCUUCAAGAUAGAAAAUUCUAUUAAAGUGAAUGAUUACUGUUGAGCUUUAGUCACAAGUUUGUAAAAUUAUGGUUAAUUAUUGUUUCUUUUAAAAGGCAGCACCGGAUUUUACAGGCUUCAUUUCAUCCUUAUUUAUAUUUUAAGGUAAUUAUACAUGCCCUGGAGGCUGUAUACCACUCAUGUUGUGUUUCUUGGGACAAAUAAAAUCUUUUUCAUCAUCUUGA